AUGUGUAAAUGUGAGAAAUAUGUCAAGAACGAUGUGCAGCUGCCUGUGUCCACAGACCUCAAGAAACCUCGUCCAAAGAAAGCUAAGCAUCUCAGAGUCCGGCCUCCUGAUCUUCCGAUCUUGGAGAGGAGUAACUGGCUUAUACAUCUGCAUUAUAUCCGCAAAGAUUAUGAGACCUGCAAGGCCAUUAUUAAAGAGCAGCUGCAUGAAACUCAAGGCAUGUGUGAAUAUGCUGUGUAUGUACAAGCUCUCAUCAUGCGGUUAGAAGGGAAGAUCCAGCACUCUCUGGAGUUGUUUCAGAGUUGUGCCAUCCUCAACCCUCAAAGCUCAGACAACCUCAAGCAAGUGGCACGAUCCCUUUUCCUGUUAGCGAAGCACAAAGCUGCGAUCGAGGUUUAUAACGAAGCAGCACGUCUCAAUCAGAAAGACUGGGAAAUCAGCCAUAAUCUGGGCGUUUGCUACAUCUACACCAAAGACUUCAGGAGUGCCGAAGAGCAAUUAAACUUAGCAUUACAGCUGAAUAAACACGAUCUGACCUACAUGAUGCUGGGAAAAAUCCACUUACUGCAGGGCGACACAGAGAAAGCCAUCGACGUCUACAAGAGCGCUGUGGAAUUUUCUCCAGAGAACACCGAGCUGUUGACCACACUGGGACUGCUGUACAUGCAGCUUGGGAAACACCAGAAAGCCUUUGAGCACCUUGGAAACUCUCUGACAUACCACCCCAAUAACUUCAAGGCCAUCCUCGCGGCCGGCAGUAUGAUGCAGACUCACAGAGAUUAUGAUGUGGCCAUGAAUAAGUACCGUGUGGCGGCGCACUCUGUCCCUGAGAGCCCACCGCUCUGGAAUAACAUCGGGAUGUGCUUCUUCAGAAAAAAGAAAUACGUGGCUGCCAUCAGCUGUCUAAAGAGGGCAAACUAUCUGUCUCCGUUUGAUUGGAAGAUCCUGUAUAAUCUGGGUUUGGUUCAUCUCACCAUCAUGCAGCAGUACGCAUCAGCUUUCCAACUCCUGAGCGCCGCCAUCAACCUGCAGCCACGCAUGAGUGAACUCUACAUGCUACUGGCCGCUAAAUAUCACAAAAACUACUACGCAAAUAGUCUGAAAUAGUUUU